AUGAAUACUCUAACCUCACGCCGAAGCCGCAUCAUUCUCGCUCUUACUUUUGUAAUCAUAACGAUUUGCCUGUUUCUCAGCAGAACAGACGAUUACUAUCACCAGCAUACGGCUACCAUCCUUUACAAGAGCUCCAAGGAGACAACUGACUUAGACUGGUCGAAGUAUGCGUAUACACAAUAUGCCACCAGCAGCGAAUAUCUUUGCAUCUCGGUGAUGCUGUUGGAGAGGCUACAUCACCUCGGAAGCCGUGCAGACAGAGUGUUGAUGUAUCCUACAAAGAUGCUCCCAGAUCCCGAAACAAAUGAUGAUACAUGGGCCAAUUCUUACACCAAGCUCCUGGCCUUUAAUCUGACUCAAUACGAGCGUGUCAUUGCCAUUGAUGCCGACGUCACAGUUUUGAAGCACAUGGACGAGCUCUUUCAUCUACCGCCGUGCCCAAUUGCCAUGCCUCGCGCUUACUGGCUCCUCGACGACGAGAAAUCCCGGAGGACGCUUACUUCCCACGUCAUGGUCAUCCAACCAAGCGAACAAGAAUUCGAGCGCAUCCAGAAGAGGGUUCAGCUCGCAGGUAAGGACGAAUACGACAUGGAGCUGCUGAACAAGCUAUACGCCAACACGGCCAUGGUGAUUCCUCACAGACCGUACGCGAUGCUUUCUUCCGAGUUUCGUGAGGUGGACCAUCACUUGUAUCUCGGCUCCGAGACUGAGGCAUGGGAUCCGGUAGCUGUGCUAGGUGAGGCCAAGACGGUCCAUUUCUCGGAUUUUCCGGUGCCGAAGCCUUGGAAAGUGCAUUUGAGCACAGACGAUCAGGAUACUAUGAUCAAGUUGGAACCUAAAUGUGACAUGAAGAGAAAGAACGAUGAUAUUGGUGGCAAAGAGGAAGACUGCUCGGGACGGGAUGUGUGGAGGGAGCUGUAUGCUGAUUUCAGAGAGCGCAAAGCAAGGGUAUGCGCAAAGAAACGAUGGGUGAAUGAUGAAGACGAGGGAUAUGGAGCAUCGGAAGGGGAAAUGGGCGGCUUCACGAAUCCGAUGCCAGACGCUGGACCAGAUGACGAUGCUAGAUAUCUGUCAGCGUAA